CCAAAGAAGAAGACCGUUCUUCCUUUUCAACAGCUCUGCUCCUUGAAUCACAGAAAGUCUUAACUUCUACUACGGUUGCAUUGCUGUAAAUGGCCACUGCAGAUGUCGGAUUGAACAUACAUCAGGUUUUACUGGUUCGCUGCACGGAUAGCGCUGCUGUAAUAAAUCUGGUAUUUUAUAGGCUUCCCUUACUGGGCCUCAGACAAUUAAAACUAUCUGUACUGUCGAAGAGGACGUUGUUCCAACAGACUCUCGUGUAGAGUUAGACGAUAACAGACAACAGUAUUCUUGGUGGAUAGGGUGUUGAACGUUUUAUUGACUCUAAUAGAUCAGGUAAAAUCUUAUCCAGGAUCUUUCUGAAGUAAGAUUAGCUUACAUCAGACACUUAUUUGUCACCACUUAAGUUUUGAUAUUGUGUAGGACGUGUGAUUGCUCUGGUCUAGCUGUUCUUUAUCUGAACGCUGUAACAAAGAAAGUAACUGUAGUCUUGGCUAGCUACAGAUUUACUGUCACUUUUUUUUUUAUUUGAAGAAACGUUGAAAGAAUAGCUUCAACGAUGGAUCGGGUCAGAGCUAGCCCGUCCCCCUCCACCCUGCAGGAGUCCCCUGGUCACAACUCUCCUGGUAGCACCUUACUGCUGGGUCUGAAGAGGGUGUCUGUGCGGCUGGUCGACUGCAGGAAAACACCAUGGCAGAGUGGAACUGUGAGAGAAGGACACGGAGAUUUGAUUUCAUCAAGUAAGAACAAUGGGGGGACACCCCUAACUCUCGUUCUCUCAGUGGGAGUGGCUUAUCUGGGGAGCCUCAGCCACAUGAUGUUGCUGAAGAAACAGAGAAGAGUCUCUCCAGAUCAGAACAUCUCAAGAAACCCCAGCAGAGAGGUAUAGGAAAGAAACCUCACCACUGCUGCUCUGACUGUGGAAAGAAUUUCACAAGCCGGAGUGGCUUCAUUAUUCACCAGCGGAUUCACACCGGAAAGAAACCGUACUGCUGCUCUCAGUGUGGGAAGAGUUUCACUGCUUCUCAAACCUUAAAAUAUCAUCUGAGAAUUCAUUCAGGCGAGAGGCCUCACCGCUGCCUUGAUUGUGGGAAAAGAUUUGCUUAUUUGGGAGCCCUAAACAUACACAAGCUAACACACACUGGAAUGAAGCCUUAUAGCUGUGGUCAGUGUGGAAAGAGCUUCAAUCAGUCAGGCCACCUGACAACACACCAACUUACACACACUGGAGUGAAGCCUUAUAGCUGUGAUAAGUGUGGAAAGACCUUUGCUCUAACUUCCUCCCUGACUAGACACCAGCGAACACACACUGGAGAGAGACCUUAUGUCUGUCUAUGUGGGAAGAGCUUUGCUGUAGCUUCCAAUCUGACUACACACCAGCGGACACACAGAGAUAAGCCUUAUAGUUGUUAUCAGUGUGGAAAGAGCUUUGCUUCUUCAGAAACACUAACUAUACACCAGCGCAUACACACAGCAAAGAAAUCUUUUUGCUGUGGUCAGUGUGGGAAGAGCUUUGCUUUAGCUUUCUCCCUGACUACACACCAGCGAACACACACUGGAGAGAAGCCUUACAGCUGUGAUCAUUGUGGCAAGAGCUUCAGUCAAUCAGUACACCUGAAUACACACCAGCGAACACACACUGGAGAGAAACCUUAUACCUGUGAUCAGUGUGGAAAGCGCUUCAGUCAAUCAGGGAACCGAAAUUCACACCAGCAAACACACACUGGAGAGAAACCUUAGAUGUGGGGAAAGCUUUGUUCAUUUAGGGCCUAUGUGGAAAAACACCAGAAAACAAAAAUGUGUCGUAUUUCAUUUGCCUCCUAUUCGACACUGGUUCCAGAUCCCUAAUGGAUCAAUAGAAAACAUGUAGUGAACAGUCAUAUCCAUCUCUUUCUUAAAACAGUUGACUUAGUCUGAUCACCAUAAUAACCUGUUUGGAAAAUGCAGUUGAAGUCAGAAGUUUGCAUACACCUUAGCCAAAUACAUUUACUCAGUUUCACAAUUCCUGACAUUUAAUCUUAGUAAAAAUUCCCCGUCUUAGGUCAGUUAGGAUCACCACUUAUUUUAAGAAUGUGAAAUGUCAGAAUAAUAGUAGAGUGAUUUAUUUCAUCUUUUAUUUAUUUCACAUUCCCAGUGCGUCAGAAGUUUACAUACUCAAUUUAGUAUUUGGUAGC